UACAGUACGCAUUGAGGGUGCAAUCCAGGCAAACAAUAAGUUUUCUCAAAGUUUUACUCGAGGAUUCUCUGCACGUAUCUAAGCAACAAGGUUUUACCGUGUUUACUCGUACUGACUACGCGCUACACACGCGGCCUGACAAGGCUCGGGCUCUGUGGGAAGCUGAGCGAACAGGAGUAAGGAAAUACGCAUACAGAAGAGGGAGAGAGAGUGAGAGAGGGAGAGAGCAAGAGAGACAAAAGUUUACACCCAAGGUCUGAGCCUCAUUGACACGCAUAAAAGAGGGAUCGGGCACGCGAACGCGACACGCCUCCAGUGGGGACUGAUAACUGUGAUAUGACUUUAGUGGGACUUAAGGACGAAGAUUUGAAUCGACUACCCACAAUGCUGAGCGUGCAUCAGCAACAGCAUCACGGAUUACUGACUGGACCGGCAGGACCUCAAUCUCAUCGUGGCAACGUGAUCGUCUCUACGAGUAGCGUUCCCGGAUCAAUCGGCGUUGGCGUUGGAGCCAGCAGCCACGAGAUCAAGAUGCACGGAUGCAAGCGGUCCAAGAUUUACGCGCAGUCCAGUCCGUACGGGACGCUUCCGCAUCAGCCAGCCUCCGUUGCGCGACGCAACGCGCGCGAGAGGAAUCGCGUGAAGCAGGUGAACAACGGGUUCGCGACGCUUCGGCAGCACAUACCGCAGAGUGUUGCCCAGGCCCUGGGGGCCAGCGUCUCGACGAGCCCCACGCCGGCAGCCGCAGCCGCAGCCUCCAACACCGCCGCAGGACGUGCCGCCUCCAAGAAACUUUCAAAAGUCGAGACGCUCCGGAUGGCCGUCGAGUACAUCAGGAGUCUUCAGCGACUUCUCGACGAGCACGAUGGCACAUCUUCGGACACUGGCACGAUGACCUCAUCGUCCUCGGCCUCGUCGCCUUCGUCCUCCUGCUCCUCGUCGUCGUCAUCCUCCUCCUCGUCGACCUCGACGUCCCCGGCAUCCUCCAAUGCCGACUCGCAAUUGGAUCUCAUUACGGACGGUGGUAACCAUCAUCAUCGUCAUCACCUUCACCAUCAUCACCAUCAUCAUCAUCACAGCCAUCACAACGACCAUCAGCAGCAGCAACAGCAGCAGCAGCAUCCGUCCUCGUUCGUCGCGGCGCCUUCUUCGGAAGCGUCGAGCUCACCCACGCCAAGCUUCGUCAGCGACGCCUCGUCCGCCGGUAGCCAAGGAUACGGCGGCGGUAGUGGUCCCACUUCCGGUACCACCGCGUCCAUCUACGCCUCGCACUCCGACAGUUACGACAACUACGAGCCCAUGAGCCCCGAGGAUGAGGAACUGCUGGACGUCAUCUCCUGGUGGCAGCAGAGUCAAUGAGGAUGGACCACAUCUCGAGGCUUCGGACCUUCGGCUCAAAAUCGUCAUUGUCACAUCCAGCAUCCGCAUUCUCUUCUGUCAUCUCCUCGUUCUUCUAUCGAUCAAGGAAUCAGACAAUUUAUUAAAGAGAAAAAGAAAAUUGAGAUAACACCAAGGCACAAAGAUAACGAAGAGUCGAAGCUACCGAAAAAUCGAGGACAAUCAUAGAAUCUCGGCUGUUCCACCUACUGUGAUCUAGUCAUACACGUUCUACGGAAGAUGCUCACUCUUGAGAUGGCCCAACGUUGCUUUCUGCUCCCAUGAAGAUAAAAAAGAAAAGACAACUUGUAUUAGAAUUAACUCCGCAGCCACUAUAGCAAACACGCAACAGCCAGCGUAGAUUUAGACGUUACUUUAAUUUUAAUUUAGGGAAUAUACGAGACCUGUUACUCAUCGCGACUCCAGUGUACAUAUAGGAUGUAAGUAUCUAGGGAAGAGAGGAUGAGCAAGCAUAGGACGAGUAAGAGAUAAGUGAGAAGAUACGAUUAGGAUUAGAGGUCGACCUCAUCCUUAGAGAGUAUGAGGUUCUGUUCCCUUUUUUUUUUCACAUUCAAAGUGCCUGCCUUAAAGUGCUAUACAUAUUAUUUAUUGACUUGCUCGCGAACGAGCCUAACGAUGGCGCGGAUGCCAUUUAUUUAAUUGUAAAUGAGGAUAGACCUUUUUUUUCAUAGAGAAAAAUACCAGCCGACUUGUCGCUAAGAAAAGUCUAUAGGUUUUCAUAGAAAUUCCCAUAUGCCAGUGCCUUUUGAAAAUAAUUAAUAUUCGACAUCGA